AUGAGUGAUGGAAACGUGAAAAAACAGAAUAGUAGAAAGAGAAAUUCAACUUUACUCAUCCUUGAUAAAUUUCAGGGUGCUAGUUUCUUAGGACCAUUAAAGAUGGCUAGAAAAGGACGGAUAACUCCAACAUUAGCGAUUGAGGAGCCUAAAAAGGGUCUUGGUAUCAGUGCAGAGCUUACAAAUAAGAAAGGCUCAAUUCAUAAUAAGACAUGUGCCUUUUGCGGCGAAAUUUUGAGUGUGAUUCUUCCAGGAGAAACUGUUGUCCACUUAACAUGUCAUGAUUUAUGUCAUAAAGACUGUUUCAUUGCAGUAGUGAAUAAAGAAAAUCCUGAUCGUUUGCCCCAGUGCAAUAUUUGUAAGCUGAAGACCAACUGCGUUGACGAAGAGUUGAGUUCCACAAUAUUACGGGAUAUCCUUUUGGAGACUCAAGAACCGUCAGCUAAAAGCGAGCCAGCUACGCCUAUUUAUGACUCUGAAAGGACAAAUACUCAACUACUCACACCACAUGGCUCUUCAAAUCAUUACAACAAACAGAAUCAGGUAGAGAUACUAAAACCAAGAAUAUCGAUCGCUAGCGACAAGGAGAAACUUGCUAUAUCUGAUGAUACUAAUAGCGAUUUGAAUUGCCUACUCACAGUCAAGCCACCAUUGAUUUACACUAGAGCUCCCGAUUCAGAAGAGGAAAUGUGGAUAAGACGAAAGGUUGAGGUUGAGGUAAAAGAAUAUUUAACAAGUGCUGUGGAAAACUGGAGUAUGUUCUUUGAAUCUGACUAUAAUCUAGGUAAGCUUGUAUCAUUUGAUUGGUUAGAUAUAAGUACAAAUGGAAUAGAUUGGGAUCGAGUCUGCUGUUAUUAUUUCGAGAGGGUCAUUGCUUUGGUAAAAGACGCUAAACUUAUAGGCCAAAUACUGACAGAUUCGGAUAUUUGCAGCAUUAAUACAACCGAUACUGGAAUUAUCCUCAAUUUGACUAGUGAAGUGGUUCCUGAAUUGCAAAUACACGAUCAAAAUUCAGUUGUACUAGCAAAGUGGGAAUCUUUUUUAACUAAAUUGGCUAAGAAAAUCCCUCUAACGAGUACACCUUUGAUGCAAUUGACGUGCAAUGCAUGGAACUUAAUAAACGAAUCUGAAUUACCCUCAGAUAUCAUAACAUUGGCUCAACUUAUAAACAAUGAUGCAGAUAUUCCUUCCUCGUUUCUUACUAAAAUACUUCCAUUACCAGAACCCGUAUCACUUAAUUUAUUGGUUGUUGUUCCAUUAGUCAACCGGAGCAACUUGAAGAACUCUGAUUUUAAAACUCGUGUUAUUCAGUCUUUGGAUCACAUAAGGAAGGAAUUACGACCUUGUGAUACAUUGGGCUUAAUAUUUACUGGGAUAGAUGGAAAGGGUAAGCACUGCUAUUCUGGAACUUUCACUGGAUGUGUGAAGUCAACAUGGGAUGGUUGGGAUUUCAUAAUUAAUGAUAUUCGUGUUGUUUCUGAUUCAUUUUUUUUUAAUAUAACUGAGGAACUUCAAAUGGGAUUAGAAAAGUGCCUUGAACUAUUGCCUUUCUUACCCCAAGGAUCUAAAUGUUUGAACAAGCUUAUGGUAAUAAGUUCAAGUGAUUUCGAGAACGCAUUGCCAGGUGAUGAAGGGAAGUUGAACUUAUUGGUGCAAAAAUUGAUUUCCAGUAUUUCAAUUACCCUAAUCAGAAUAAGUGAAAAAUAUGAUGAUGAAUCAUUGCGUUUCUGUCAUUCUCUUUCAAAGCUUAAAAGUGAUGAUGGUAUUUGCUUACGAGUUGGUAAGAAUAUCAUACGAUUUAACUGUUUUGAAGAAUUUAUACAAAAUAUUCCAACUUUUAUUAAAAGAUUGCAAUCCAACUGCCUCUCGGAGAUAGAGGUAGACCUUUCGAAGGACUUGGAAACGAAUGAUCUUGUCGAAAUCGCUGAGAUUGAAAUUAACGGUAAGAUGACAAAGUUAGAAAAGUGUUCAAAACUAAAGAUAAUAGUUCGGGACUUACUUCCAUUUUCUGCAAAGAACGUUUUGUUUAAACUAGUAUUAAGACUUGGAAAGUUCGAAAAAGGCGCUGUAGAAGAAAAACUCGAGAGUCAUGAAGAGAUUCCUAUUUUGCAAUAUGAAUCAAAAUGGCUCGAAGUAUUCAAUGAACGACAGAUUAUUUCCAAGAAACUAGUUAAGGGAGAAAACAAGACAAAACACAAUACAUUGAAGAAAACAGGGUCUUUUAGCCCUUCGAUUUCUGAAGAUGGAAAAACACAAGAUUCAUUUUUCAUAGAUAUUCCUUUAUAUCCUCCAUUAUCCUCCCCUAGAGAUCAAUGCUUUGCUCGCAAGAAAACUGAGUUAUCAGUCAUUGAGAUUCUAAAUUCAGUUUCAAGACGCCUGUCGAAUGAGAGCAAAGAACUUGUACUGAGUUGCAUAGCAAUAGUAUUCGGGCUGGUCAGAGGUGCUGGCUCCAUUUGUGGCUCACCAUUCUCUCAUUAUUACCUUGAAAAGCCUUCAAAAGAAGAUUCACCACUGCGCCUUCGUAAAAUGGAAACAAGAAUUUUCGCUGAUAAUGAAGAAUACGCCAAGUUUUUGGCUGAUGAGCUUAAUGAUAUAAGUACUCUUUUUACUCAAGAUCAACUUCUUGCUUUAAUAAGAUGUCAAGACUUGGUUAAUAAUCUUAUAUGA